UUGAGUAGACAUCUUCAUUUAUCCACCAUCAUUGGCUAGAGCCCUUGAUUCUCAACGCUCGCUGUUUUCGCUGAUGCCAUGCUGGGCUAGGGGCUUCGGAGAGAAAAGGCAUUUGCCUGUAUCCGGGUUAGACAUGGAAGGAAAAAAGUUUCAUGUCUGUCUGAAAACGUAUAACAUGAGCUUGCUCUAAAAGACGGUAUUUAUGCGGAUAUUCGAUACUCUUGCGCUUUUUCAUUUUACGCUAACGUCGUUUUCUUGUUAGCUAACGUUAGCUGUCUGGCUUCUUUUGUGUUCUGCUUUUCUUCCUCUUUUUUUUCAUUAGCCAGUUAGCUUGCUAGCUCGACUGGACUUUAUGCCUGAGAUGUGGACUUGAUCAUGGCCGCACAAGUGGCAACAGCCCCAACAUCAAAUGGUAAGAAAAGGUCGAAUUUAGCUAGUAGCUUGAGUCAAGAUUUGAAAUCUGGCAAGUCUGGAGUAGUUGGUGGAGCUGUGCUUGGGGUAGGAAAUGGGACUAACGUUCAUGCUAUGAAUAAUGUAGAACGCCAUGAACUGAACCCGACCAGUAGAGCUCGAGCUUCUCCUGCAAACAACGAUUCGAAUCCACGUGAGAAGGAAAGUAGAGAUUCUAGAUCGGCGUCUUUUUCGACUUCAAAUUCUAGCAUGGAGACGGGAAUGUUUGUUAGUCAUAAAGUGAAAAAUGUUGGUGGUGAAGAUACUCCAUCUCUCCACCACACACCUCCUCAGCAACAGCCAUUCAACCAAUUCCUUCAGCACCAACAACGCCAAAUUCAGAACAACAACCAGCAGUCGCUACAUGGAGAAAGUGGAAACCGCCAACAUGGGGAAAGUGGAAACCGCCAACAUGGAGGAAAAGGGAAUGUUGUUUUAGGGAAUACAGUCGAACGCCAUCAGCAACAGGAAAUGCUGAAUAAAAAUGAGGACGACCAACCGAGCAAAACGGAAGACCGGUUGGACAGCAGGUACGAGCAUGCCAGUUCGGGACCAACAAAUAACAUCAACACGUCCCAAGGUGGUACCAGCUCGGUUUCGGAGUUUAAUAGUUAUUAUGGAAAUGGUAAAGGAGGGCCUUGCUUUGAUCAACAUGGCGGACAACAAAGCCCUGGGUCUGGGAUAAUGCAUUCGGUACAACAGAAUAUGGAUCAAGUUCAACAAAACUCCCACGAAGGGUACCACAACAACCCGUACAACCACUACCCGGCUUACCGACCUGGCUACGGUAAUAGUGGAUAUGGGAUGAUGAGUCCCUCUCGGCAGGGGAACAACAUGAUGGGCCUAGGCAGCAACACGGCUGCUGCUAAUCAUAGCAAAGCUGCCAUGGCCGCUGCCUCUUCUGGUGGUGCUAAUGUUGGAGGGUUUCAGAGAUUUCCAGGGCAAACUCAGCAACAUCCUUCGGGGGCUACCCCAACUCUAAACCAGCUACUGACAUCCCCGAGUCCUAUGAUGCGGGGCUAUGGCGGUGGCUAUCAAGAUUACACUAAUCCCUCUGCUCAACAACAACAAUCAAGCAUGGGGCUGACCAAAGACAUAAACCCCCAAUACGGUUCAGUUACACAUGUUUGGGGAGGACAACAAAGAAAUCACCCUGCCAUGAGCCCUGGAAACAACGGACAAGGAAGCGGCAGAUCACAGGUGCCACCCAUGGACGCCAUGGCCAUGAAGCGCUCUCAGCUCUACGGCAUAGGCAACAACCCUUACUCCCAGCAACAACAGGGCGGGGGCGGGUCUUACCCUGGCCAGCCAUAUGGAUCGCCUUCUCCUCACCGCUAUCCAAUGGGAAUGCACGGGAGGGGUCAGGUGGGCAUGAGUGGAAUGCAGUAUCCUCAACAGCAGCAGCAGAUGGUAGCCCAGUAUGGACAGCAGCAUCAGGGGCAGCAGGGUGGGUACUGCCAGCCGCAGGGCCAGUCCCCGUACUUCAGCCCUCCCCAGCAACAGCCCACCGCCCCCACACAGCCCCCCUACAUGCAGCCACGCCCACCACCACCACAACAGGAUGUGUCACAGGAGGGCUAUGGCAACAGGGGCCAGUCUGCUAUGACCCCUGGGAAGCCCAACCAUGAGGAGAUGGGCCUCAGCCAGCAGGACAGACCUUCCAGUCUACCUGACCUGUCUGGCACCAUAGAUGACCUUCCUACGGGCACAGAGGUGGCCGUCAGCUCAGCGGUCAGUGCUUCGGGGUCCACCAGCAGCCAGGGCGAGCAGAGUAACCCGGCCCAGUCGCCUUUCUCUCCCCAUGUAUCCCCGCGCCUCCCCGGCCUGCGCAGCGGCCCCUCGCCCUCCCCCGUGGGAUCACCUGUUGGCUCCAGCCAAUCACGCUCUGGCCCAAUCUCCCCCGCCAGCGUCCCAGGCACCCAGAUGGCCCCCCAGACCCCUGGGAACAUGUCUGAUGUGGGCUCCCAUUCCACCCUGAGCCAGUCCCCCAUGUCUCAGGAGAGAGGGUUCCCACCUGCCAUGCAGCGGAACACCCCAGGCCCCCAGCAGUCGGGCCAGGGGCCCCCCGUGUCCCCUCACCCCUCCCUGGGAGGCUCCAUGCACCCGGGCUCCUAUCAUCAGCAGCAGCAGGGGGGCCCUGGCCCCUCGUACGGAUCCCAGACCAGCCAGUACGGCCCCCAAGGUAACUACCCCAGGCCCCCGAACUACGGCGGGGCUCCCAGUGCCAACUACAGCGGCCCCGGCCCUGGCAUGAGCAACAGUUUGGGCAUGAACGCCAGCAGCCCCAUGCAUGGCCAGGGCCCCGGACAGCCCUGUGGCUCCAUGCCCGCCGGGCGAGGCUUGGGUCCAGGGGCCAGUGGGCGCCCCUACCCCUGUGCCACCACCAACACCAUGGCCCCCACCUCUCCCAGCAUGCCGCAGCCUGCCGGACAGGGUCAGGGCAUGAGACCGCCCCUGCCCAACGUUAAUCGCAAGCCGGGCCACGAGGCAGGCCCCGGCCCCAACGCCAUGCAGGGUCCAAACGCUGGUUCCAACCCCUCUGCCCAGGGCCGGCCUCCCUACGCGCGCUCCCCUGCCUACCCCAGCCAGUCUUGGCCUGGGGUCCGUCCUCCCCUCUCUCCCUCCCCCCAUCCCCACCCACAAACCUCCCCACACCCUCAUCCUCAUCCCCAAUACAGCCCCCAUCCCCAUUAUCAUCCCCAACACAGCCCCCAACCUCAUCCCCAACACAGCCACCAUCCUCACCCUCAACCCCAUCCCCAUUAUCAGCCCCAAACCUCCCCACACCCCUAUCCUCACCCCCAAGACAGCCCUCAUCCUCAACCCCACCCACAUCCUCGACCCCACCCUCAACCCCAUCACUCUCCCUCCACCCACCCCCAUCAUCAGCCCCACCCUCACCCCCAAACCUCCCCACACCCCCAUCCCCGACCCCAUCACCCUCCCCACUCUCCUUCCUACCACCCCCAGGUCAGCAGUGCAAAGAGCCAUAUCCAUCCCAUGAUGCAGCAGCAGCAGGCUGAGCAGUACGGGCAGGGAAUGACCCCCAUGCCGCACCACCCAGGCAUGAACCCCAUGGGCCCCGGAGGUGUGGGCCCCAGCCCUGGAGGCCUCUACAGCCAGCAGCCAGGGGCUAACACCUCUGGAAGGAUGACCCCACAGGGGCCCCACCCGCUCUACAACGCACCCCCACCCUCAGGGCCCAUGCAGAUGGGAGGAGAGGGGAUGGUGGGUCCCCCUGACCCCAAACGGAGGCCCCCAGAGCAGCACAGGGAGGGCAACACUCCUGCCCCUGCCAUCGAACCACCACCUAAACCCAAGGACCGCUACAGCUCCUCUCAGUGUAUGUCCCAGCCCCCCACCCCAUGUCCCCUGUCCCCCAGCCCUGCUAGUCUGUCCUCUUGUCACGGGGCGCAGGACAGCAGAGAUAUCAUUAGCAGCCACCCUGCUGUCGCUGGGGCCUGGCCAAAGACCCCCACCAGCCCUAAACCCAGCCCGGCCACCAUGACCAAUGAGAAGAUCCGCAUCCUGUAUGAGAUGGGCGGGGAGCCCGAGAGGAGGAUGUGGGUGGACCGCUACCUGGCCUUCAUGGAGGAGAGGGGCACGCCCGUACCCAUGCUGCCUGCCGUGGGCAAGAAGCCCCUGGACCUAUGCCGCCUCUAUCUGUCUGUCCGAGAGAUAGGAGGCUUGGCUAUGGUGAACAAGAGUAAGAAGUGGAGGGAGCUGUCUACCCACCUCAACGUGGGCACGUCCAGCAGCUCCGCCAGCUCUCUGAAGAAGCAGUACAUCCAUUACCUGUUUGCCUUCGAGUGUAAAGUGGAGCGGGGAGAGGAGCCGCCGCUGGAGAUCCCGGGAGAAACCAAGAAACAGGCCCAGGCGCACCAGGCUAGGAUCCAGCCGCCCUCACCAGCCAACUCCGGCUCCCUACAGGGCCCCCAUACCCCCCAGUCUACAGGCAGCAGCUCCAUGAGUGAGAUGCCAGAGGGUAUGAAGCGCCCGACCCCAGCCACCACACCCCACGGACACAUGACCCCACAGCCAGGAAACAGGAACAGUGGUGGUAUCCGUGUCCAGGAUCCCUUCUCAGAGAUCAGUGACCCUGCCUUCCACAAGCGAGGGCCUAUGCCCUCUGGCGCCCCCUACCAGCAGAGUGGCGGUAGUUCAGACCCCUCCAUGAGGAUGCAGUACGACGCCAACAAGGACCUCUAUGGAGGGCCCCAGAAAGGGCCAGGGGGCAGUGAGUCCUAUGGACCAGGUCAGAUGCCCAGCGGUGCCGUGCAGGAUAUGUACCCCCGUGGUCCUCCCUCAAGAGCCAUGCCAGGGAUGGGCAUGGGCCCCGGCCCGCGGCCACAGUACCCCUACGGGCCUGGCUACGACAGAAGACCAGACCAUGUGAUGGGUCCAGAGGGGGGUAUGGCUCCCCCUGGGGGUCAGAACAAUAUGGGACCUUCCAGCGGUGACCCCAGCAUGUACUCUGCCAACAGAUACCCUCAGCAGAGACCACAUGGACAUGAGAGUUACGGGCAGCAGCAAUACCCUCACGGCCCCAUGCCCUACGGCUCUCACCAGCCUGGAAUGUAUCCACAGCAACAGGGCUAUAAGAGGCCAGUAGGACCAGAGGUUAUGUACGGUCCCCCUGCUAAGCGCCAUGAGGGUGAGGCCUACAGCAUGCAGCAGUACGGAGGACAGCAGCCAGGCAUGUACACCCAGUACGGAGGGAAUUACAUGGGGCCAGAGCGCAGGCCCAUGCAGGGCCAGUACCCUUACCCCUACAGCCGAGACCGCAUGGGGGCCACCCAGGGGCCACAGCAACACGCCAUGAUGAGUGGUGGGCCCCCUGCUUCUUCCGGAGCCUCUGCAGAGGGCCCACAGCUUAACAUGUGGCACCCCAGGACAGACAUGGGCUACCCCGGGCCUUACCGUGGCCAACUGGGCCAGGGGCCCCCUUACCCUGGUUUGGGACGGGGCCUGGGGGAUGACCCAGAGGGUAGGAACUCCCCAGAUGGGCAGUGGCCCCCCGGACCUCCAGGCCAGCACCAGCCCCCGUAUCCACCCCACUCCUCCUCUGCCUCCUCCAUGCCCCCAAUGGCAUCCAGACAGCCCACCUCCUACCAAUCCAACCCCGCCAUGGCCAACCACAUCUCUAGAGCCCCCAGCCCCUCGCCCUUCCCCCGGCCCAUGGGGGGAUCCGGGCCCCUGUCCCCCAACAAUGGGGGCCCCUACAUGGCAUCUCUGAAGAAGGCAGGGAUGCCCGGAUCCAUGCCAGGCUCACUCGGCGGAGGGAUGUCAGGGCAGGGCAUUCUACCUCUCCACAGAGAUAUCAGCUUCCCCGUGGGGUCAGUGGAGGCCACCCUGCCCAAACUCAAGGCCCGACGCAGACUUACCUCCAAGGAGACCGGAACUCCGGAGGCGUGGCGCGUGAUGAUGUCCCUUAAAUCAGGUCUGCUGGCGGAGAGCACGUGGGCCCUGGACACCAUCAACAUCCUGCUGUAUGACGACAACACUGUGUCCUCCUUCACCCUCGCACAGUUGCCUGGCUUCCUGGAGCUGAUCGUGGAGUACUUCCGCCGGUGCCUGAUCUCCAUCUUUGGGAUCCUGGAUGAGUAUGAGGUGGGCACAGAGGGACAGAGAACGCUGCUAGGACCAAUCGCAGACCAGGAGGAAGAGCCUACCGUUCCAGAGCUCGGCAGCCAAUUACGCGAAGAGCAGAGGGAUAACAGGCCAGAAGAGGCGGAGAUAGAGAAGCCCACAGCCAACGGCAGCACAGAGGAGGCGGUCCCAGACGAAAAGACGGAGGAGCCUGUUGAGGUGACUGUGAAAGAGGAGAAGGUAGAAGGGGAAGAAUCUGAGGUGGGGGCAACCACGGAUCAGUCUGAACCUCCCCAGCCCGAGGGGCCCCCAGAGCCGAGGCCCAAACAGGCCAGUAAGUACGACAAGCUGCCUAUCAAGGUGGAGGAGAAGAGUGCGGAGGAGGACCAGGUGGAGGAGCGCCAGGGACUCAGCCUGCCCAGGGGCUUCAGCUCCGGCCUGCUGCACUGGAAGGCUGGAGGGGGGGACUCCACGGCCCACAUCCAGACACACUUCGAGAAACGCAGCGAAGAGACGGACAGCAAGCAUACAGAGGAGAGGAAGGUGGAAGAAGGGGCCGUUGUAGAGAAGACCAUGACUGAGACAGCCACCGUGGACGAAAUGCUGAGUGCCCGACCAGGCUCUCAGUCUCUGUCAGAGAGGAACGAUCUUACUGGGACCUUCUCCUUUGUAGAAGGGGCGCAGACCCAAAGCCCUAUCUUGACCCUGCUGGAGGACGAGCCUCGCUGCUGGGACGAGGCGCCCCUCUCCACGGCCGAACCCUGGCAGGACGCCCUGGCCCGCCGUUGUGUCUGCGUCUCCAACAUCGUCCGCGGCCUCUCCUUCAUCCCAGGGAACGACAACGACAUGUCCCGCCACCCAGGCCUGGUGCUGAUCCUGGGGCGGCUGGUCCUUCUGCAUCACCUGCACCCCCAGAGGAGGAGGACGCCCCCCAGCUACCAGAGAGAGGAGGAGCAGGGCCGGGCCUGCAGCAAGGACGAGUGGUGGUGGGACUGUUUGUCAGCCCUCAGGGAGAACACUCUGGUCACCCUGGCUAACAUCUCAGGUCAACUAGACCUGUCCCUCUACCCAGAGAGCAUCUGUCUGCCCAUCCUGGACGGGCUGCUCCACUGGAUGGUGUGUCCCUCUGCCGAGGCCCAGGACCCCUUCACCACGGCGGGCUGCUCCUCCUCCCUCACACCUCAGAGAUUGGUGUUGGAGUGCCUGUGCAAGCUGAGCAUCCAGGACAACAACGUGGACCUCUUGCUGGCCACGCCGCCGUUCAGCCGCCAGGAGAAGCUCUACGCCACCCUGGUGCGCCACGUGGGUGAGCGGAAGUCCCAGGUGUGCCGGGAGAUGGCGGUGGCUGUGCUCUCUAACCUGGCACAGGGGGACCCGACGGCGGCGCGUGCCAUCGCUCUGCAGAAGGGCAGCGUGGGAACACUCAUCGGCUUCCUGGAGGACUGCGUGGCCAUGGCCCAGCACCAGCAGGGACCCCACAGCCUGCUACACCCAGCACCAGUCCCCCACCCCGAACCCCCCAGCGUUAACAUGAUGUGCAGGGCCGCCAAGGCUCUGCUGGCCAUGGCCAAGGUGAAGGAGAACCGGCCAGAGUUUGUUCUCUACGAGAGCAGGCUACUGGAUAGCUCUCUGUCCUCUGUGCUGAGCUCUGCCGUGGCGGCCAUCAUGUGUGAAGUACUGUUUAAGAUUGGACGCUCCUCGUGACAGCCACAGGCAAAGACACAGAGGGAGGGGGGGUGCUUGGUCUGACAGCCAAGCUACAGUGAACACGAACAUGGGUGUGCGUGGUAUAAUAUUUUUAUUUAAAUAAAACAAAAAUGUUUUUACAUACAAAUAAAUAUAUAGAAUAUAUAUAGGUCCUAUGCCCCAUUCGCAACCUUCAUUUGGGAUUUUUAAAUCAUUUUAAUACAAAUAUUUAAUACUUUGUAUUUUACAUUUUUAUCUAUUAUUUUUAUUUGUCGGUUCUUUUUGUUUUAACCAAAGUUGGCACCCGAUGAUAGAGAACGUACUUUAGUUUUGGGGUCUCUUGCUCUUAAAAAAAUGUUUGGUAAUUAUCCGUGGCUGUUUGUCUGUGUGGGAUCUUUCUGAUGGUGGUUUUCUGCAGGAAGAAGCAGACUUAUUUAAAUUGUGAAUCAUGUUGUAGAUAGACCUCUUAUGUAUUAAUGUAAAGGAAAAAAACACUGACUUAACUCUGAAUAUACAGAUCAUCAUGUAUCCUGUUCUGGGGGGGAGAAAGUAUAUUGUGCAAAAGGAUUAAGGGCCUGACUCAAUCAGAACCACUUUAGCCGACAUCCGCAUAGCUGAUAUUUUGAUGGUGGAACUGCGUUAGAGCUGUCAAAUCAGCAGGAUUCCACCCUGCAUCCCACUGCUGGCUUGCCUCUGAAGCUAAGCAGGGUUGGUCCCUGGAUGGGAGACAAGAUGCUGCUGGAGGGCCAGUAGGAGGCACCCUUUCCUCUGGUCUAAAAAUUCUAUUUCCCAAUGCCAGUGAUUGGAAAGGGGGAUACCUAGUCAGUCGUACAACUGAAAUGUGUCUUCUGCAUUUAACCCAACCCCUCUGAAUCAGAGAGGUGCGGGGGGGGGGCUGGCCCUGUGUAGGGUGUGAUGUUAAAGGGGCUCUGUGGUCACUAAAGAUCCCCUGGCACUUAGGGGGGUGUUAACGCUGGUGUCCUGGCUAAAUUCCCAAUCUGGCCCUCAAAUCAUCCCCCUCUCACCUGUAACUAUUCCCCAGCUCGUUGCUGUAAAUGAGAAUUUGUUCUCAGUCUACUUACCUGGUAAAAUAAAAUCUACAAGCGGCUCCUGGCAUUAUACCUAAAGUGAACAUUGCCAUUGGCUGCAUGGAGUCGCAUUAAGAAAAAUCCCACGCAGCCUUGUUUACAAGUUUGAACACUGGAAUGUGAGAGAAAAUUCCUCAUUAUUUCAUUUGAAUGAUUUUCAAUUCGAUGGGUGUGGCUUCAUGACAAUAACCACAAGAGCAGCUGCUCACCAAUUUGACAGCACGGCUGAAACAUGAGCUAUACGGGUGUCGGCUAUCGCUGGAUAACGCUUGAUCAGAUUGUAAUUAGGCCUUAGUUGGCUUGUUUGGGGGAGAUUAUGAAAUAAGCAUUGCAUAAUAAUAUUACAAUACCAGUAUGAGGGAGACAUGAGUCACCCUGUUCAACUGACUUACUUCCUGGUAACCAUAGCAACAGACAGGUAAACUCUCAAACCCACGUGCAGUACUUCCCUCAGUCUUAUUUUUUCUUUUUAUAUAUAUAUAUAUAUAUAUAUAUAUAUAAGCCCAUUUGUAUAUAGAAGUUGUAUAUUCAGACAGCCCUAUUUGGUAUCUUCUCCGAGAGAUGUGGUAUAGAGAAGUGAUGGUAGUUGAUCAAUAUAAUGGAUGUUAUGAUUACUUUGUAUUUGAAUUAUGGAUAUUUGGUGACUCUUCAACUGGAGGUCAGUCAUUUUAUGUAUUUAAAAGAAUUAUGUUGACUGACUGACACAGGUCUCUUGACAUUUAGGGAUGAUUUCAGUCUGACUAGUUUUGACACUUAUUUAGAUUGUACAGUCAGCUAACUAAUAAAUCACAAUGGGAAGAACUGUAUUCCGGAAUUGAAUUGUUUAAAAAAAAAUCAUGUCCGAUUGACAGUUAACAUUUGAACAUUGUUUUCAGUAAAAUGUUUAUACUAUAUGUUCCACAUGUUAAGAAUAAAUGUACAUGAAAUCUG